AAUGCAAGGCUGAUCCUUUUAACCUAAGUACGCAAGGAUUGUCUGCGUCUUGUUUCUUCUUUUCACUCGCUCUUCUGCCACGUCGCAUCACUCACUGUUGCUAUACAUUACCCGUUUUACUUAUUAUACUCCCGUCUUCCCCUUCGGCCCAACGUAACGCUUAAUACCUUAACUCUGCUUUACUCGAACCUAAUUGAUACCCCAGAUUUCAUAUCCUCUUCGUUUUCCUCUUGUCUAUUUUUGCGAAUACUCUGCCGGCACUUUCUCUGUCGCGGAAUAAACGAGGUUAGAGGUGGAUUAUUUAUUUGCUUCGCCAACCUCCCGCUCUCGGGCUUCUUCUCACUUCUCGCCCCCACGUCCAUCAUACCUUUUUCAACAUUCAGCAUCCAAGAAUGGAAGCACGCUCUCUAACAGCACUUAAUACCCUCGCGGGCAAUCCGCCUCAAUAUCCUAUCAACCCAGCGCAGGAGAAACAAGACCCUCUAACUCUCUAUAUCUCGAGAGUACCGGGCACUCGAGAUGUCAUUCUAUCACCUUUCAAACCACAACUAAAAAACGUUACCGCCGAGGAUGUCGCCAGCUGUCUUUACUACGUCCAUUUUGAAGCGCCGUCGCUAGAACCUGCCGGCCCACCACGAGAUGACGAGCACCGAUCUUCGAGUGAUGAGAGCUCGUCAAUACGGAAUAUUAAGAGGAAGCCUUUGCCUGGUGGCGCAAGACCAUUGACGCCUCCUCCGACCGAUCAUCUUCCUGUACCUGGCUACGGAAACGAGAACCAGGACCCCACGAGAAGACGGGGCCUUUCGGUCAAUUCGACCUUUGAUCCUCGACAAAUAUCAGCACGACAUGGUUAUGAGCAAGAGGAAGAAAGCCCGGUUCUACCACCUCGACCGACGAACGUCCCCAGAAUCCAGACUCCGGAACCUGCUGUAGCCCGGAAACCACUUGGACCUCGAAUGACAUCGAACAAUGCCUCCGUACUAGGCGACCAUCCUCUCCCGCCCCUUCCACCUCCCAACCAGGGAGGUCCCGAUUUUGAUCGAAUGCGUGCGACGAGCCGCCCUCCCCUACCGAAUCGAAACACCGAAAACCGCUCUCCCUCACCUCAAAAGAGCUAUGAAGGAAAGCAGCCUUUCACAUUAGCUCUAAUCCGUCGUGAUCCCAGCACAGGAAAUCAGUGGAACGUCGGACAUAUUUCGUCUUUCCAGUCUGAAGCACCACCACCUGAUCAGGACGAUGCGAACCCGCUGUUCGCCUCUGUACCGCCCGUUGCGCAACCGCCAACUUCCGGAAACCCACCCAUAAACGUUCAGAUCGAGACUCUUGGUUAUGGAAAGUUCCGUGGUAUGCCUGCGCGACGGAGUUUCGAUGCGGGCCCAGGCUCAGAUAUGACUCAGCCACGAGACGGUGGUGUUGUGCUACAGAGACAAGUUGCAAUGGCUUAUGCGAAAAGCUGGGCAUCGAAUUGGCGAGAGAAACUGCAAGACGGUGCUGGAAAGGGACAUGGGCGACAGGGUAGUGUCGGAUCGAUCGAAUCAACCGAGGCCUCAUCGCCUGUUGAACCUGCGAUUUCAAUGCAUCCAGGUCCAGGACUGAGACCUCGGGGAUACAUCUUUACCAGUCCCUGGAACGGAAGAUGCGAAUUUCGUACAGGAGCUGCUGGUCGAAGCUUGCGCUGCUAUCACAUUCUGCAUGAUGAUAGACCAAGCAAUCCUCUGGCUGAAUUCAGUCAGGGGCAAAUCCAAGGUGGUGGUGGCGGCAUGCCUAUGAGCGAACUUCGAUUUAAUCUUCCUACAGCAGAACUCUUCAAGUCUGCUGAAGGUCGUGAGGAAGUCAAGACUCAGCUCCAAGGACAUUUCAACAAGUUACUCCGCCGCGAUGAACGAGGCGAUGGUUACGAUAACGACGGCAUGGUUUCGCCGUUCGACAUCAAUCUUGGAAAGGAGAAAGCCGGCGGUGGCAACCGAGGAAAGAGAGCCAAGUUGGGCAAACUCAUUAUCUAUCCUGAUGGACUUAAGAUGCUCGAUCUACUGGUAUCUGCAAACAUGGGCCUUUGGUGGCAAGCUUGGGAGAAGAGUUUUUAGGGAACUCGUGACCAUCUAAACCAAUUGUUGAGAUACCUACAUGAUUUCAGGAGUUUUUGUUUUCGUUUUUGUAAAGCUGAUGGUUUGCAUGCUGGCUAUUUACGUAGAGGGAGUUGCCGCGAGGAUUGAGACGACGUAACGAUCAUAUGGAAACGGCUGAAAUACCAAAACAUAGCAAUUGGAUGAUUAAUAGAUGAACUGAAUUUUAAUCUCA